AGAGAGGUGAAAGUAGCAAAGCGUGCUUUGCGGUGCUAGAAAGAGAGUGAAAAACACCCACCAGAAAAAACCAGAAACGUCUCUUCGUUUUGAUAAUAGAUAGAGAGAGAGAAAGUGGAUUUUAUAGAGAGAUAAAUAUUAGUAUACACAGAAGAAGGAGGAAGAAGAUUUGUUCAGUUUACUUGAACGGGAUUUUUGCAGUUAUUUUUGGGUUAUUGUGGUGAAGAAUUAGUUUUUUUCAUAGUACAAGGGGGUUUAAAGAACUGAAAGAAAAGCCCUGUUGCUGUGAUAAUUUUUCAUAGCGUUUCAGUUUGAAGAAAGAGAAAAAAUUGAAGAAAAGGGAAAUAUGGAGUGGCCAGCAUAUUUGGAUGAAUAUGAAAAACUUGUUUUUCGAAUGACUACUCCAAGGGUCAUGAUCGACAAUGCUGGUUGUUCAAAUUCCACUCGCGUUAUGAUUGAUAGUGCUAGAAAACAUGGAAUUCUUCUGGAAGCAGUACAAGUUCUUACAGAUCUGAAUCUUUCAAUCAAAAAAGCUUACAUCUCAUCGGACGGUCGGUGGUUUAUGGACGUGUUUCACGUAACUGAUUUGGAUGGAAACAAAUUAACUGACGAAAGUGUUAUCAGUUACAUUGAACAGUCAUUAGGGACAAUUCAUUUUGCAAGUGCAAAGUGUUUUGAUGGUCUGACAGCGUUGGAGUUAACUGGGACGGAUCGAAUCGGCCUAUUAUCGGAGGUUUUUGCAGUACUGUCGGAGUUGCAGUGUAAUGUAGUUGAAGCUAAGGUGUGGACUCACAAUGGUCGAAUUGCGUCUCUUAUUUAUGUUAAGGAGCAGGAUUCAGGGUCACCGAUUGAGGACUGUGAGAAAAUUGAUACGAUUGAAGCUCGUUUAAGGAACGUGCUUAAGGGUGAUAAUGAUAUUCGUAGUGCUAAAACGAUGGUGUCUAUGGCUGUCACGCACACAGAAAGAAGGCUUCACCAGAUGAUGUUUACGGAUAGGGAUUAUGAAAGGAAGCCGAUUAUAAGGACUAAUGAUAACCCUAUUGUAUCGGUGUUGAAUUGCUUGGAAAAGGGUUAUUCGGUGAUAAAUAUUCACUGCAAGGAUCGACCUAAGCUUCUGUUUGAUAUCGUUUGCACCAUGACGGACAUGCAAUAUGUUGUGUUCCAUGCCACACUUAAUACAGCAGGGGACCGAGCAUACUUGGAAUUCUUCAUUAGGCACACUGAUGGAAGCCCGAUUAGUUCAGAAGCAGAAAAACAGCGAGUGAUUUUAUGCCUACAAGCUUCAAUAGAGCGAAGAGCGUCUGAGGGAGUGAGGCUAGAGUUAUGCACUGGUGACAAGCAAGGACUAUUAGCCGAAGUAACGCGAACUUUCCGCGAGAAUGGCUUAAACGUGACAAGGGCUGAGAUAUCGACAACAAGUGAUAACACAGCUCUGAAUGUGUUCUACGUAACAGACGCUAUCGGGAAUUCAGCUGAUUCAAAAAUCAUCGAAGCUGUUAGGCAGAAAAUCGGAUUGAAUGACUUGAAAGUGAAGGAAUUACCAUUGAUCUAUCAUCAAAAAGCCGAAGAGAGGGAAGAGCCCACAGGGGGUGUAGGUGGGGCAAUGUUGUUCUCACUUGGUAGCAUAGUAAGAAAGAAUCUCUACAAUUUGGGAUUAAUCAAGUCAUUUUCUUGAGGAUCAUGAAAGCGCAGGGCAGCAGGAUUGGUUGUUGGUCAUGAUGGUGUACAUAACAUAGCUUAAAGAUUAGAGAACAAUGAAAGGGGGGAUUUGGUGAUAGUAGUUGUUAUAGUUGAGCUUAGUUGGCUGAAUGGAUAGACACAUCUAGUAUGGGGGUCCUACAUUUACCCACCAUUUUCAAGAAUUAGAAAAAAAUUGACUUUGAAAAAUUUGUUCAGGCUGGCAAAGCAAUGAUACAUAGAAAUUGGUUUUAGAAUAGUAGUACAUAGUCGUUAUUAUUAUCAUUAUUAUUAUAAUGUUGGUAGCUUAUAAUGUUUGACUUGCUUUGUUUAUACUUACGAUGCCCUGUUUCUUGGUGUUGUCCAUUUGGGACUACAAGAAGAAACUAGUCUUUGUAAAUAAUUAUUAUUAAUAUUAGAAUUUCUUGGGUUAUUUUCUAGUCCAA